AGUGUGAAGCGUAGAAGAAGAUUUUAAGUCAGGGAAACGGAAAUGUCAGCCGAGUGACUGCAUAAUAUCUCUACUUUAAAAUUUAGGAUGGAAUGCUAGUUUAGAGGAACAAACCGUCAUAUAACAUCGUCAAAGAAAAAGCUGCGAAUAUGACAAAUGUUUAUUCAUUCGAUGGCAUCCUUGUCUUCGGGCUGCUUUUUAUCUGCACUUGUGCAUACCUCAAAAAGGUGCCUCGCCUCAACAACUGGCUGCUGUCAGAGAAAAAAGGAGUGUGGGGUGUGUUCUACAAAGCUGCAGUAAUUGGGACAAGGCUUCACAUCGCUGUGGCAGUAUCUUGCCUGGCCAUGGCCUUCUACAUUGUCUUCUUAAAAUGAUGGUGAGGCUAGAUGGGAAAGGACAAACUUUUCAGAGAGGGGAUGGACUCAUCUCUGCGGUCACGUUUUAACCCUUGUUGUUGGGACACCUUUUGGAUUCUAUGACUGAUGAACCCCCGCUGGACCUUUGGACCCAUGUGAAAGUGAAGUCAGUGCUGCCCCCUUCUGAUGACUGGGUACACAGCUUCUACCUUAAUAUUAUGUAUGCACUACAGAUGUGAAGUACUCCACAGUUAUUUCAGUGGAGGGAGAGUGCUGGGUCACAUGGUAACAUUCUGUUGUUGGGUAGUACUGUCUGACGUCUCCAUCCACCCCACGUAAUAAUUAAUACUGAAGGAUGCAGAAGAUUGAAGGGCUGUGUGUGCAUUAUACCUUACACCUGUAUACAACUUAAAAAUAGCCUACCUGUGUAUAUUUGGAAAUAAACAUAACGCUAGUUAUUUGCUAGGGGUUACAUGUGAUCAAAGUGAAAAUGAUCAACUCUGCUCAUGCCCAGCAACUCUUUUUUUUUUGUUUGUUUGUUUGUUUCUUCUGUCAGUGGUGGAGGGAAAGAUAAAAGCUAAUAUAUAAAAAUGUCCAUGUGUACACUUUUAUUUACUUUUUUGGAUCUCCCAUGUUAACAUUUUUUAGGUUAGAAAAAUACAGAUUUUAAAUAAGUGUAUGUUGUAUAUACUUUGUUAUCAAAAUGUGUACUGGAAAACAUGUUUUAAAUGUCACACAUUAGACUGUAAUUAAAAUUCUGUCAAAACUCUGGAGAAACGAGUAGUACCUGCAACAGAUGAGGCAUAUCUCAAAAAUUUUGCAAAAAUGUGUUUGCCGUGUCUUGCUUGAAGACUUACAAGCAAUGCCAAAUAGGGAUGGUGCUUCUCAUGCCAUUUUAAAUGUAUACUGCUGUUACGACUUCAUUUCUGUCACAUUAUUUCUAUUCUCAACAAAAGAGAUUGUUUUGGGAGGGAAUGCAAUGCAAUUUUAAGUAAAAUGUUGAUCAUACAAUUUCUAUGUAUUGUUGUCUUUAAAAAAAGUUUAUCUGCACGGAUUAGCCACUUUAUUAAAUAUGCCUGUUCAAAUGUUAAAUGUACAUAUCUAGUUGGCCAAUCUCAUGGCAACAGUUUAAUGCAUUGAAGCAUGUCAAGGUGAACUGC